CAGAUGGUGUUCAGGUCCUCUGCAGCUCCUUCACACAGGUUUUCUCUCCACAGCUCCAUGAGAGGUUACAGAGGUUCAACACCCAGAAACCAGCACCAGUCCAGGAGCACGCUGAACAUCUGGCACAUCAGGUAAUGAAGGAAUUGCAUGCUUUAGAGGCCAGACCAGAGAUUAAGGAGCUGAUGCACGUGUUAUCUAAACCACACGUGCAGGACCUUCUCUCAGUGCACGACAGCGUGGCCCAGAACGAUUACGAGCCCAGACUUCCAUUGCUGGCGGCUGACGAUGAUGAAGAUGAAGAAGACUCGGUCAGGAUUAUUCAGAUGAUGAAAAGCAAAGAACCUCUGGGAGCCACGGUUAAACGGGACAAGUCGACCGGUGCGCUCGUCGUAGCUCGGGUUAUGAGAGGAGGAGCUGCAGACAGAGUCGGUCUUAUCCAUGAAGGUGAUGAGCUCAGGGAGGUCAAUGGAGUCCUGAUGCAAGACAAGAAACCUGAGGAGAUCAUCCCCAUCCUGGCGCAGUCGGACCGGGCCGUAACCUUCAAAGUGAUCCCAGGCACCAAAGGCCAGCUGGAACCCGACAACACUGAGGUCUUCGUCAGGGCGAUGUUUGACUACCAUCCGGAAAAGGACUCUGCCAUUCCGUGUAAGGAAGCAGGGUUGGAGUUCUGGAGGGGGGACGUGCUGCAGAUUCUCAGCCAGGAGGAUGAUACUUGGUGGCAGGCGAGCCGAGUCGCUGAUGCUAACCCUCGAGCUGGACUCAUCCCGUCCCGGCAGCUUCAGGAGAGGAGAGUGGUGUUACGGAGACCAGAGGCACUGUUUCAGACGUCCAGAGCACUGACAACAAACUCUGGUGAGCUCAUCGAUGCAGAUUACGUGGCCAUACACGGAAUACACAUGGCCGGGUUGAGGAGAAGCUUCCGGUUGAGUAAGAAGGACCACAGGAGACAAGAAAUGCAAGCGAAAUGGAAGAAGAGCGAAGUCGAUGGAGAGAACCACAUUUCCAGCUACCAGGAGGUGGUGCCUUAUGUCAGACAGCCUGGAGAACCGUACCGCCUCGUGCUGCUGGUUGACACAACCCGGGAGCGCAGGAGACGGGAGCGAGACGGAGUGGACUACCAUUUCAUCUCCAAACACGCUUUUGAAUCCGAUAUCCUCCACCACAAGUUUAUCGAGUACGGAGAACAUGGUGGGAAAUACUACGGAACCAGCCUGGAUUCGGUCCGCAAGGUUCUAGCGGAGAGCAAGGUGUGCUUGCUGGAUGUGGAGCCCGAUGCUGUAAAGUUGUUGUACACAACAGAAUUCAAACCGUAUGUUACGUUCAUCAAGCCCCCAGCCAUUGAACAGCUGAGACUCAGCCGGAGAAAAGCGAGAAUUCUGGCCAGCUGUGACGAAGCCAAGCCGACGAGGACGUUUAUGGAGGCAGACUUUGAGGAGAUGAUUAACACGGCGCAGGAUAUGGAGGAUAAAUACGGCUACUUGUUCGAGAAGAUCAUCAUCAAUGACGAUCUGGCCACAGUGUUCACCGCACUGAGAGCUGAACUAAAGAAGCUUGAGAAGGAAAGCAACUGGAUUCCCAAAAUUUGGCCUUAAGUACCAUGAAGAGGCAUGUUGAGUCCUGAAGAGUCGACGUUAGAUAUUGAAAAAGAACACAAGUUUUCUAGCAUUUGUUGCUAAUUAGCUAGUAAUUUGAGACGGUUAUUAUGAAUGCUGAUGUAAAAUUGGGAAAUCUUAUACAAUAUCUUAUUUAUAGUAAAUAAUAAAAUAAUCACCUGGAACAUGGUGUCAGGAGGCGGAGUCACUGGGAUCGACCUGCAGUUCAUUCUUUUUCCUGAAGUAUUUUGUUGCUCUUAUAACACAGCGGCUUGGUUCAAUGAUCACAAUGUUUAUUUAAUAACAAAAAUAUGUAUUGUUUUUUAUCCAUUUCUAGUUACAUUUAGUGCUGUGGAAAGUCCUGAAGAGUUUCCUGUGGUGGAAAACGUACAGUUUUUACCUCAGACUUUAACACUGGAGACUCCUUCAA